AUCACGUGGUACCAGAAAACUUUGUUGACAGUUGUAACAGGUUGCUAAAAUUAGUUUUUAUUAAUUUUUUUUUUAAAUUUCAUAAAUAAAUUUUACAAAAUGCUACCAAGCAGUAGUCAACCAGUAAAUUUAAACACUGAAAUUCGAAAACUACAACCGCUGCAUAUUUACAAAUUAGCAUGGUUAUUAAAUACCGUGGAUGAUGAUUGGAAAAAAUUUAUGUUUAUGAUAUCUAUGGAGAAUUCUGAUGAAUAUAAAUUUGGCAUGGAUCAUCUUAUCCUUAUUGAACAAGCUUCUCGACAACAAAAAAGAGGAUGUGCAGAAAUAUUUCUUGAAGAAUGGAGUACAAUGGGCAGAAGAAGACCAACUUUGAAAAUUCUGUUAGAACUUCUUAAGAAAGCACAAUUAUUCAGAGCCGCUGAUUAUGUGUCAAUGAAUAUUUUAAAUAUGGGUAGAACAGAAAGACCUAAUGAAGGACCAGCAGCAAGAAUUGAGAUUCCGCGCUUGGAUCUAGAUAGUGAAAGUGACAUAACGAAAAAUUCAUCAAUCAAAGUGGAUGUGCAUGUAGAAAAUAGUAAUUUAAAUAAAGGCGGAAAUCUUCCUGUGGUAGAAGAAGAAAGAAAAGUAGUUGUGCCAAUUCCUGCAUUUCUUGAAGAAAAGAGUUUUAGUAAUUUCAGUGAAGGUUCCAUUAAUGAAAUACCAUCAGAAAUAGUUGAAACAGAAUCCAGAGUAAUUACUCUUCCUGGUACAUCUCAGAACGUUAAAAAAUCACAAAAGGUUAAUUAUACAGGAAAUGGUGAAGCUUAUAAAAUUCCUGCCUUUCUUGAAAAUGAAAGUUUUGGUAAUUUAAGUGAAGUGGUUCAAAAUGUAGAGUCAAAAAUGGUUAACGAUGAACCACGCGAGGUUUUAAAUAAAUGUGAAAUUAAACCAACAUUACCUCGUUUUCUUGAAGAAAACUUUACUUCCACAUCGCAAGACUUAAUUGCAUUCAGUAGUGCUGAUAAUUUACCACAAAAUGAAUUGGAAAAUUGCAGAGAUGUAAGAAAUAAACCAUCAUCUUCAAGGAUAAAUGAAAUAGUCCCACAACUUCCUACCUUUCUAAACGAAAUGAGUCUUAGUAAUUUUAGUGAAGUCUCAGAAUCUGAACAACUAUCGAAUGAUAAAAGUAAUAAUGUAGAGGGAAUUAUCAAAGUAUGUAAAGAAUCUUUAUCAAUUCAAAAUGAAGGAGUUUCUCAACUGCCAGCAUGUCUCAACGAAGUGAGCUCUAGUAAUUUUAGUGUUAUCUCCGAGGGUGAAAAAUCUUCUUUCACAAGUGGAUUAAAUUCCGAUUCAAUUGAUGUAUAAACAAUCAAAGUUCUUGACAUCCAUGACAUUUAGGUAAAAAUGUCUUUUUAUUAAUGAAAUGACUCGAUAAGUAAUUUUAUCAAGCAAUAAAUAAAUCCAUGUUUAUUUUUGGAUUAUAAUUCUCAAUGAAAUUAAAAACUCAACUCUCAAAUUAUCUUAAUUAUAAAAAAAUUAUUUUUGGAGAUUCCUUCCUAAAAUGUGAUAAAAAUAAUGUAAGUUUUCAAUUUUAAUAUUGUAAAAUUAAAUACAAAUAUAUAUUUUUUAUAAAUUUAUUAUUGAA